AGCCCAAAACUGGACCACUGGACUUCAUCUGCUCUCAUGGACGACAGGCCAACCCUUGGGGCCUAAAAUCUGACGUGUAUUUUGAAUAGAAUUGGUCGAGUCCAGCGACAUUGAGACGCAUAAUGGACAUUCGUGUCUAAUCGGCUGGCGCGUUCUUCUGUAAUUGAAGAUGGUUGCUUCUGCUGAGCAUUUCAUUGACGAGGAGGAUCAUGCUUUUCUGCAGCUUGAGGAGGAGUUGAAGACUAUAGAAAGUUCAGUAACCAUGCUGACCAGCAAUGUGGAACAACUGAAUCAAAGAAAGGCUCUUUGUUUGAAUGAGAUGCAACAUCUACAACAAAGAAUCAGUAGGGAGGGUGCUGAUGCUGUGGUACAGAGAUUGUCAUCACUAUCACGGUCUCUAAAGGAUCUGGAGAGGCAAGAAUCUGUACUCAAGUCAGAUUCAAAUGAAAUAUGUUCUAAAUUGCAAGCUGAGGUUAAUGAACUGGAGAAUAUGCUAUCUUGUGGCAAUGAUGAUGACAACCUCUCCUAUGGUUAUGAUCUUUCUUUACACAAUUUGCUAGAGAGAUUGAAUUCAAUAAAGAGGGAACUUGCUGUUAAGCUUAGGGAAAUUGUAUUGCUCAAACGACAGCUUGAUGAUGUGCCAGUGCAAGCAGAACUCAUCCAGUAUGAACACCGGUUUUCAGAACUUUAUGCUCAUAUUCAGGAAAAGCUUCGGAAAACUCGUAAAUUAUAUGCCACCUAUAAUGCGUUGUUGGAAAUAAAAGACCUGAUGCUAAAGGAAACAUCUUUGUUGAACUCUAUAAAUUCACAGUUUCAAGCUGCUAUCACUAGCACUGCUGGUCGCAUGAAACUUAUUGAUUCCAUGGAGGGAAUUAUGAAGGGAACUCAACAGAAGCUCGAAAAGGUUGCCCUUGCCGUACAAGCAGAACAAAAAAAUUGUGAUGCUGUCAAGAAAAGGUAUGCUGCAGCAAUUGUGGAACAAAGGUCCUGCUAUUCUCUCUUAAAAGAUUUGCAGGAUUCUUUUGGGAAGAACAAAGAGGGAACACCAAUAAUUCUGGAUGCUAAAAUGCACAGAUUGAAUCGGAAGAGCCCUUCUCCCAAAAGAUAAGAGCCUAUUGGACCAGCUUGCUAUCCUCUGGUUUUGUGUAUUUUUCUUAAGUUGAACUUAAAUUACUCAUAUACCAUAAUAGCAAAACUACUUCACAUUAGUGUGUGGACCAUUCAAAUCAGGGAGCGUAUACAAAACAACAUUUAUCUGGUGGCAUUUGAAUGGAACCUAGUGAAAAGCAAAUAAUGCAACUGCGCCGUCAGCUGGUCUUUUUUGUUGCUAUGGUAUGCUCUGGUUUUGUUUCUAAUAACUAGCGGCAUGUUAGAUAUUUUACAAGUGUAAAAUUUGCUUCAUAUGGUCGGUAAUUGGUACAUUUGGAUUAUUACUCAACAGAACCCCCAUAACAAGAAAUUAACUCUUAGAAAGAGUGUGAAAGAAAAACUUACUCAAACUGUAUGACCUUUGUGCUUGGGAUAGUGAGAAAACAUACUUACGAUAUUAAUCUUGUGUCACCAAAUUCAAAGCUAUCAUCAGUAUGAUUUGCAGUAGAACGGUGGAACCCUUUGUAGUGUAGUAUUUCAAUUGUAGUGUGAGGUAUCGAAUAUACUCCAUGAUAGAGAUUAUUCUUGAAGUUUGGCAGGAGACUUUGUGGAAUGUUGUGCUGCCUACUUCGACUUGAAUAUUGGAAGUU